AUGGCGACUACCGAUAUCGCUACGCGUGAGCUUCGGAAGCCCAUCUCGGUGCCUGAGUACCUCUUCCGUCGUCUAUACGAGGUCGGCGUUCGUUCCGUGCACGGCGUUCCGGGUGACUACAACCUUGCAGCCUUGGACUAUUUACCCAAGUGUGGUCUUCGUUGGGUGGGAAACUGCAAUGAACUCAAUGCUGGCUAUGCUGCCGACGGAUAUGCGCGAGUUAAUGGAAUCGGUGCUCUGAUCACUACCUUUGGUGUAGGUGAGCUUUCGGCGCUCAAUGCCAUCGCUGGUUCAUACUCCGAGUUUGUGCCAAUUGUUCACAUCGUCGGUCAACCCAACACCAAAUCUCAGAAGGACGGCAUGCUGCUCCACCACACACUGGGAAAUGGGGAUUUCGAUGUUUUUGCGAAGAUGAGUGCAGGCAUCUCUUGUACCCUUGGGCGCCUGAAUGAGACACUGGAGGCGGCAACACUUAUUGACAACGCCAUCCGCGAAUGUUGGACCCGCAGUCGGCCUGUCUAUAUCAGUCUCCCCACGGACAUGAUUACGAAGCAGAUUGAGGGUGACCGACUCGAUACACCGCUGGAUCUAUCCUUGCCCCCGAAUGACCCUGAGAAGGAAGAUUAUGUGGUGGAUGUUGUCUUGAAGUACUUGCAUGCGGCAAAGAAACCGGUGAUUCUGGUGGAUGCUUGUGCUAUCCGCCAUCGGGUUCUUGAUGAGGUUCAUGACUUGAUGGAAACGUCCGGUUUGCCUACUUUCGUCGCCCCAAUGGGCAAGGGAGCGGUGGAUGAGACUCGCCCAAACUACGGAGGAGUGUAUGCCGGAACGGGAUCUAAUGCGGGCGUCCGCGAGCAAGUCGAGUCUUCCGACCUUAUCCUGAGCAUCGGUGCCAUCAAGUCGGAUUUCAACACGAGUGGAUUCUCCUACCAUAUUGGGCAGCUUAACACAAUCGAUUUCCAUAGCACCUUCGUGCGCGUGCGAUAUUCCGAAUAUCCGGAGAUCAACAUGAAAGGAGUCCUGCGCAAGGUCAUUCAGAAGAUGGGUGCCGUCAACGCCGCGCCCGUUCCCCAUCUCUCAAACGCGGUUCCCGAGGUCGAGCAGUCUUCGGGCAACCAAGAGAUUACGCAUGACUGGCUUUGGCCCAACGUUGGACAGUGGCUGAAGGAAAAUGACAUUGUCAUCACCGAAACCGGCACUGCGAACUUUGGCAUUUGGGAGACUCGGUUCCCGGCGAAUGUCACAGCCAUCAGUCAGGUCCUUUGGGGUAGCAUUGGCUAUUCGGUUGGGGCUUGUCAGGGUGCUGCAUUGGCUGCGAAGGAACUGGGCAACCGUCGGACUGUUCUCUUCGUCGGUGACGGAAGCCUCCAACUUACGGUGCAGGAGUUGAGCACCAUGAUCAGAAACAAUCUCAACCCCAUUAUCUUCGUGAUCUGCAAUAACGGAUACACCAUUGAGCGAUACAUCCAUGGAUGGGACGAAGGCUAUAACGACAUUCAGCCGUGGGACAUCAAAGGUCUCCCUACUGUCUUCGGAGCCAAAGACAAAUACAAGGGAUACAAGGUGACCACACGGGACGAGCUGAGGCAACUUUUUGCGAACGAAGAGUUCGCCUCGGCGCCAUUCUUGCAGUUGGUGGAGCUUCACAUGCCUCGUGAUGAUGCUCCGGCCGCGUUGAAGAUCACGGCUGAGGCGGCGGCCACCAGAAACAAGUAG